ACAAGCUCAAGCCAUUUAGACAAUGAGCAAUCAGUAAUUAACUCGAUGUUCAAAGAAAACGUCAAAAAUUUCAGCAAGGAACGAGAAUCGAAACAUCAAGUGCUAUUCUCAGGUCUUAACAACAAAAUGAAGAAGAAAAGAUCUAGGACCAAAAUUCCCAAUAAGCCAAGCCAGAGAGUUUUAUCGUCAGCAGCUGCUUCUAAAAAGAACAUUCGAAACCCUUCACUUCACAGAGCUAGAGCAGAGUCGAAAAAGAGAGGUAGGAGAGCUUUCAAUAACUCUGAAUUUGACACCAACGAAGCCAAGCAGAAGUCAGUAUCCAGACAAAACUCUAAGCAAUAUCAUGACUCAAGUCGGAACAAUGAAAUGAAGAGAAAUACAAGAGAAGCUAACAAAAAGUUUGAAUAUUAUUCCUUGCUUAGUAAGAAGAACACUGGAUCGAAGAAGAAGCUCGGAAUGCAAGCUAAUAAUCUCAGGAAUAAGACAGAUAGCCAGUCUAUGAGGAUCAAUAAUUCGGUGCCAAAUAGUGCCAAGCCAGAGAAAGAGGAAACUAAAGAUAAGUCCAAAGAGGACAUUGAUGCCUUAGAGCAUCUUAAUUAUAUGAAUGCAUGAGCAAGAAUGGAUCUUAUUAACGCUAACAACAAGCUUAUGAACCUACAUGUACUUAAAUAAAUACAUGAAAGCAAGCAAUACAACCAAGGAUAACAACAAGUCUAUGGAUUUUACAAUGACUUUCAAGUCAGAUUUCAGCUUAGGUGUAAAGAAAAAUCAAAAAGGAGGUAGAAAAGGGGCUAGUAACACUAGACAGAACAACCGACCCAAAGAAACUGGCCUAGACAAUAAUAUACUUCAGGCACAGUAUUCUUUUUCAAAUAUCCUACAAGAUAACCCAGCGACAUUAAAGAAAAAUGCUUCAGAUGGAUUUUAUCUUCAAGUGAAUCAAGCCAUGGAGUCUGUGCUUCCAUAUGAAAGCAAGAUUCUCUGUGAGAGCUCUCAAUAAAUAUAAUUUUAUCAGUUUCAGCCAAACAAAAA